ACAUUCCACACGUUCUGUGACUUGAUUGUAUGUUUGGGAAAAACACGCUUCUCUUCCUCCUGCUUGGAAAUACCUGUCGAACAGAGAGAGGGACCGCCCAUGUGAGAGACACAGAUAAUGUCAUGACAACAUUGUUAGAAAGAAAUGUUCAUAGCAUGAGAGGAGACACAACAGCAGGACCCUUCCAGAUUUAAGCUUUUCAACAUGAGCAAAGAAUACUAUAACGGGUACGGAGGAGCCACUGACUCAGAUGAAAGAAGGAUUGUUCUGGUUGGAAAGACCGGAGUAGGGAAGAGCGCGGCAGGAAACACCAUCCUGGGCAGAGAAGCGUUUGAGUCGGAGCUGUCUCCAUCUUCUCAAACUGCUGAAUGUCAGAAAGCUAAAGGGAAUGUUGGAGGCAGAAAAGUGGCUGUCAUCGACACUCCGGGGUUGUUUGACACUAAUUUCACUCAAGAAGAAGUGCUGAAGAGGAUCAAGAUGUGCAUCUCCCUGUCGGCUCCGGGUCCUCAUGCCUUCCUGGUGGUUCUUCAGCUGGGCAGGUUCACGCAGGAGGAGAAGGACACCAUCAAGAUGAUCCAGAUCACUUUUGGGGAAGAUGCUGCGAGAUACACAAUGGUGUUGUUCACCCACGGAGACCAGCUGAGGAGGCAAACCAUCGAGGGGUACUUGGCUGAGAGUCCUGACCUGAAAGCCUUCAUCCGGACCUGCUACAACCGAUACCACGUCUUCAACAACGAAAUCAAAGACCCAGAGCAAGUCAAUCAGCUCGUGGACAAAAUCAACAAGAUGACCAUGGCUAACGGCGGCGGCUUCUACACCAAUGAAAUGUUCUUGAAAGCAGAGGAGGCCAUAGAGAAGGAGACAAAGCGCCUCAUGAAGGAGUUAGAGGAACAGAGGCAGAAGGAGCUGAAUCAACUGAGAUCCAGAUAUACAGGAUCCACAUACCGCAGGGAGGAGCGUCUGGUGUACAAGAGAUACGAGUGUCAAGCCAGAUCUCAGGCUGAGAGAUCAAAUGAUUUUAUUGCUGCUCCAGCUAUUCUGUUAGCUGCGUCGUUUGGCGCUGCUGUCGGAGGGAUUCUGGGUAUUGCUGGAGGUCCAAUUGGUAUCGCAGUCGGCGUUGCAGUCGGUGCAGGAGUUGGAGCAGCAGUUGGAGUCUUAACUGUCAAAGCCUCAGAUAAAUGCAAUGUUCAAUGAGAAGAGCCAACCCAGUCUAACAGCAGUUCAUUAAAUAGUCACAACAUGUGAGUCCUGUACGCGAAUACUAUACUCUUCUGUGUGUGUCAGACUUUCAAACGACUCCUUUCAAGUUGAAGCAUAUUUCUCACCCGCUGCAUGAAAGUGUUUUUGUCAUCCCCAAUGCCGCAAAACCCAGUGGGGAUUUAAAUUAAAUUCAGGGCAGUCUUCAUAUCCGUGUGAAAAUUAUCCUUCUUUUAACCAGACCAUCAAUGCUUGUUCUUUAAAUCAAAAUCUGAUUUUGAUGUGGGGUUUUUUUGCUGCUUCAACUCUGAUCUAUUUAAGACUUUCCUAUGGUUCAUUUGGUGCCAAAACUGCUUGCUGACGUCUCAAACAAUAUCUAGAGUCCAGAAGUCUUAAGGGUCUAUAGAAGUUUAUUCUCUUUUCACUUCGGAGGAUUUUGUUGGAAUACUAUGUGAAACUUGAGGUCAACAUCAGAGAACUAGUUUGCAGUGGCGAUUCUAGAGUCUGUUUGGUCCCUCUGCAAAAUUUCACAGGGGGGUCCUCAAACCAGCGUUCAUCAAUAUUAUGUCUUAAAGGUCAAAUUUUGUGCAGAAUCCUCUUCACCAUGUUCCUAUAACACUAAUGUGUCCCUAGUCUGUCAACAAACCCCCCAUAGAUGAGAUAAGUCCAUUCUCUCCUUCCUUUAGCCUGCUCCACUUUUCAGAAAAUGUGUGCUCAAACAGGCCGUUUGGAGAUUUUCCCUUCAUGACAUCACAAAGGGCAGUAACCCCUCCCCCAGGUGGGUGACACUCCCACAGCUAGGUGUUUGUUCUGCUCUCUGAGUCUGCCUUCUCACCGUAAACAAUAGGACAUGGAGAGAGAAAGCCCGAGUACAUUUAAGACCUUCCAGAGAGGGGGCGUGGUCAGACACAGCUCAUUUACAUUUAUAGACACAGAAACAGCCUGUUCUCAGCAGGGCUGAAAUAGAGGGGUUUAUAGGCAUGAUCAAAUACAGGAUCAGAGUGGAUUUAGAACUAGAAACUUGUUUUAAAGUUUGUCAACCUUCAAGGGUUCAAAGUGCUCAGGAUGAAUUAAGCCAGGUCUUUGUAAUAUAGCAUUAAGUAAGGUCUUUUACCUGCUCUUUGUAAGAUAACAAUGCGCCUUGGCUGUUGAUAAGAAGCGUUUUGCUAGUUUAGCCCAAAUCAUCUCAUGCUAAACCUUAAUACAGACUAACUGAGGUGCAUCUGGUGCCUAAAAACGACUUGGUCAGCUGUAAGAACAAAACAAAGAAUAACAGAGGAAAGUUAAAAUCAAAGGAAGUUAACUCAGUGAAGUGUUUCUCUGCCUCUGCCUGACACCUACCUCCAGGCAUUGAUAACUUUGUAAAAAGUAAUCUUGUAAAUAUUGCAUUUAUUCUUGUAAAUGUAGAUCUUUUACAUUCUUGCCUUUGUGUUUGAAUUGUGUAGAUCACUCUGUUUGGAGUCUCUGCCUUUGCCUUGUCUUUCAAAGCACUUUGUAAACAUCUGUUUUUAAAGUUUUUAUAUAAAUAAAUGUAUUAUCAUGAAGUUGUAUUUUUCGACAAUGGUCUGGUGAAUAUUCUGUUGUAGCUCAUAAAGAGACAUUAACUUUAAUCUCAGUUUGAUUUGUAACCAGUGAAAAACUCCUGACAGGAGUCUAAAGGAGCUGAGUGGUUUAGUGAUACGACCUUAUUUAUGCCAGUGAAUCAUUUUCGACUCCAUGCUUUCUCUGUGGACGCUUUUCUCAUGUGAAACCAGAGGACAAUAUGAAUUAGUAAUUCAUUAAGGACACUACGAAAAAUUGAAUUAAUGUUUUGUAUGCUAUGUUACAUAUUUGCAUCACCUUCCUCUGUAAGGCUUUCAGAGGCAUGAAACAUUUUGCCAAAGCGGUAUGUUUGUGGAAAUGUUCUGCACAUGUUUUGUGACUGUUUGUGCAUUUACAGGAUAAUGGUUUGUCAGAACAUACAGUUAAAGUUUGUUUAGUAAUGUUUACUGUGAAAACAUUAUUCCAAAUUCUGAUGUCAUCUGCCUUUUAUACCUUUGUUAAAUCUUUGCACAUCUGACAGUACACACGACUCUCAUGAUGUUAUGAAUCACUUCAUAUCUGAUACAUUUUGUGCAUAAAAGCUAAUCAACAUUAACAUGUACCAUCCUGCUACUUAUAGAGUUUGUAUUUAUGUGCAAUAAAAUUUAAGAACUAAUCCUGCUGGA